AUGGGGUCAAAAUUUAACGACUUGCCAGAAGAUUUGUUAAUGACCAUUUUUUUGCUACAUCCUGUGAAAACUCUCGCACUGCUGAGGACUGUCUGCACGUUAUGGGCUCGAAUCAUUACCAGCAAGUCUUUCGUUCAGCUCUUUCUUUCCCAACAAAGAACCUCCUCAAACACAAACAAACACUUUCUGCUUCAAAAUGCAAGCAAAUCAACAGGUCUCAUGGAUAUCGAGACUCGUCGAUACCAGAAGAUCUUUGGUGAGAAUUACGAGUGUUAUGGAGUUUGUGACGGGUUGUUUUGUUUGUCUUCUACUAAAGAUCAUUUGGAAGCACACUCUAAAAUACUCUUAUGGACUCCCAUCUUCAGGGGAAAGCUUCCUCCCCUGAGAAUCAGGUAUUCAAAGCAUACUCAUUUGUUAUUUGGGUAUCACAAUGGCGAUUACAAGGUGCUUAAGUUAUUAAUUUUUCCGCGAAUAUUCUAUGUUUGUAUCUAUAGUUUGAGUACUGAUGAGUGGGAGGUUUUAGAAUAUGAUAACUUAGUUUCCAGUACCUUUAAUCGGCUAUGUUCGAAGGCCAGGUUGGUAGAUGGUUCUGCAUAUAUUGUUAAAGAUUCGAAGAAAUCUGAACGUGGAAUUUUAUCUUUUGAUUUAAGUUCUGAGACAUUUCGAGAAACGAAAUUGCCUGCAGAUUUAUGGUAUAGUGAUGACUUCAUUAUGGAAGAAUACAUGGAAUCACUAGCUCUUAUAGGCAAUGUUAUGAAGGAAAAUAAGCUUCAUGUUGUGAUGUGGGUACUGAGAGUGAGUGAUGACAACUCGUUUUCAUGGGAUGAGAUCAAACUGGGAAUCAGCCUAGAUAUAUAUCAAGUGAUGGGUUUUGUGAAAAAGGAUGAACUUGUUAUGGGGCGUAGCAGCACUUUCUUAUACAACAUAGUGAACAAAUCUCAACAAUGGUGCCGUUUAGAUGAUAGACUCGGUCACCAUAGUGAAAUAAGGAGGUACAUGAUGAAGCCUAUCUAUUCACCAAUUCGGCAGAAGGUGGCUUCGACGACUUCGUAUUAUAAUAAAUAUAAUGUGUUGGCUGAUUCUGAUGAGGAUCUAUGA